AAGGAAGGAAGGAAGGGAAAAGAAGCAGAGAGAAAGAGAAGAUCUGCGCUUUCCUUUGGGUUUGUUGUCCGUGGACCAGUGGAACACCUCUUUCCGACCCCUCUUCACUUGGAUCCUCGCGUGGAAACGUGGGGGGAUUGCUAUCUGUCUUCUCUACCCGUGUUCAACUUCAAAAGCUGUUUGAGUCGGUGGGUUUUGUGUGGAUUGCUCCGUGGGUUUGAGAGUCUUCUUUUUUCCGCGCCCCACGGAAGCGAAGGGAAAGCCUUGGAAACGUGGCUUCUGCUUUGGGUUUCAAGGGGCGCUUUCGACGGCAGCCAGGGAAUCCUGGAGGAUAGCUAACAUUUCAAAACACAGAAUUGUCCUUUUUGUGGCUCUCUUGACACGUAUCCCAUCUUGAAUGAAGAAGACAGGAAUUACUUUGCUAGAUGUAAGAGAGAACUGGAGCUGGAAGCCCAUGCUGUGAGUUUGCCUCUCUUCAUUGUAUCAAUGGAUUCUGGUUCUAGAGGAAAAACCAGGAGACCCAAAAAACCUGCCGUACACUGAGAUACAGGACAAGGUACAUGAAAAGUAUGAAUGACUCAUUUUAUACUGGGUUUGUUUUGGACAGCUGGAAUGCGGUAGCUUGAAAGAGUCCAUCAUCCAUGACGCGUUGGGAUUAUCAUGAUUGCAUACUCCAUUUUGAUUUUAACCAGUGGCCAAGAGGAGUGCAUGGUCGACAGGGAGGAUUGGACUUUUAAAGACAGUACAACAGGCCUGUGACGGAGAAUUAGACAACAUCAGUGGAGUCAUGCUUCACACAGCCAUAUCAUGCUGGCAGCCAUUUCUAGGUCUGGCUGUGCUGCUAAUUUUCAUGGGCUCCACCAUUGGCUGCCCUGCCCGCUGUGAAUGCUCGGCACAGAACAAGUCUGUCAGCUGUCACCGGAGGCGCCUGAUUGCCAUCCCUGAGGGCAUCCCCAUUGAGACGAAAAUCCUGGAUCUUAGCAAGAACAGGCUGAAAAGUGUCAACCCAGAAGAGUUCACAGCUUUCCCACUGCUCGAGGAGAUAGAUCUCAGUGACAAUAUUGUUGCCAAUGUCGAGCCUGGAGCCUUUAAUAAUCUGUUUAACUUGCGCUCCUUGCGACUGAAAGGGAACCGUCUGAAGCUGGUCCCUUUGGGCGUUUUCACAGGUUUGUCAAACUUAACAAAGCUAGAUAUCAGUGAGAACAAGAUUGUUAUUCUGCUGGACUACAUGUUCCAGGAUCUACACAACCUCAAGUCUCUUGAGGUUGGGGAUAAUGAUCUGGUUUACAUCUCUCACAGGGCCUUCAGUGGACUUCUUAGCCUGGAGCAGCUCAGUCUGGAAAAAUGCAAUCUCACAGCUGUACCAACAGAAGCCCUCUCCCACCUUCACAACCUCAUCAGCCUACAUCUGAGACAUCUCAACAUUAACCAUUUACCUCCAUAUGCCUUUAAGAAAUUGUUCCACCUAAAAAAACUAGAAAUAGAUUACUGGCCAAUGCUGGAUAUGAUUCCUGCCAAUAGCCUGUAUGGUUUGAACCUCACUUAUCUCUCCAUCACUAAUACCAACCUGUCCACCAUACCUUAUGCUGCUCUCAAGCACCUGGUUUACCUGACGCACCUGAAUCUCUCAUACAAUCCCAUCAGCACGAUUGAGUCAGGCAUGCUCUCUGAUGUGUUGCGCCUGCAGGAGCUUCAUAUUGUUGGAGCCCAACUGCGCGCUAUUGAGCCCCAUGCUUUCCAGGGGCUACGGUUCCUUCAUGUGCUUAACGUGUCCCAAAACCUCUUGGAAACUAUUGAAGAGAAUGCAUUCUAUUCCACCAAAGCCCUGGAGGUCCUAUCAAUAAACAACAACCCACUCGCUUGUGACUGUCGCUUGCUUUGGAUAUUACAAAGGCAGCCCACACUGCAGUUUGGUGGCCAGCAACCUCUGUGUGCUGGCCCAGAUAGUGUGAAAGAGAGAUCAUUCAAAGACUUCCACAGCACUGCCCUUUCUUUCUACUUCACUUGCAAGAAACCCAGGAUACGUGAGAAGAAGCUGCAAUAUUUGGUGGUAGAUGAAGGGCAGACAGUGCAACUUCUCUGCAAUGCUGAUGGUGAUCCUCUGCCAACUAUUGCCUGGCUGACACCACGACGGAGACUAGUUACCACGAAGUCUAACGGAAGAGCUACUGUGCUGGAAGAUGGUACACUGGAAAUCCGGUUUGCCCAAGACCAAGACAGUGGGCUCUAUGUUUGUGUUGCCAGCAAUGCUGCUGGGAAUGACACCACAUCAGCCACCCUCACUGUCAAGGGGUUUGUCUCAGAUCGUUUUCUUUAUGCUAACAGGACUCCUAUGUACAUGACGGAUUCCAAUGACACCAGUUCCAAUGGGACCAACAUCAAUACAUUUUCCCUGGACUUGAAGACAAUACUGGUGUCGACAGCCAUGGGCUGUUUCACAUUCCUUGGGGUAGUUUUAUUUUGUUUCUUACUACUUUUUGUGUGGAGCCGAGGGAAAGGCAAGCAUAAAGCCAGCAUUGACCUAGAGUACAUUCCCCGCAAAAACAAUGGUGCUGUGGUGGAAGGGGAGGUUCCAGGACCACGCAGGUUCAAUAUGAAAAUGAUUUGAUGGCUGGGCUGCUAGCAUUAUUUAUUUAUUUCUCUCCUGUGGCAUUCUAACCGGUUGAAGACGCUUGGCAUGUAGGGAUCGCCAGGCUGGAGGCAGCUUCCCUUGGGCUGCCUCAGUGUCAAAAAUGGUACAUGGAAACCAGAAAGACUCUCUAAGGUUGUACAUUGAAGCCUCUUGUUUUGAGGCUGUGUGUGUGUUAGGGCUUUUUGCAGAGUUGGCAUACAGUACUAAUUGUUUGCAUUGCAAAUUUUUUGGCAUUCUGGGGAUCUCAGUAACGAAUCGUCGGCUCAUGCUCACAGACAAUUGUUCCAAACAUUUUCUACCGCUACAAAAAAAAAAGAAGGAAAAAAAACCCUACAGUGUAGGAUUUCAUAUUUAAAGCAAGAGAGAAAGAGAAAGAGAGAGACAACAUACUCUGCAAUGAAGUUUGUAUCUAUAGUUCUCAUUUGCUAAAGCCUCGCAUCAUACAUAACCACCUAGUUGGUUCAACAUCACAAAGUUAAUGUGUUACUGUUUUUUUAAAAAAUAUACAUAUUUACUGUGUACAUUUUAAAGCAAUACAAACGAGCAGUUUUGUUCCUUCCGUAAUAACUGACCCAAGUGUGAUGUGAUUCUUUCCAGAAAUACAGCCAAAUUCCCAGAUCAAACCUCUGUAGCCAUCAAUGAGUGAUGCUUUCUAGUGUCAGACCUUAAGUCAAAAAAGAAACUAUUUAGGAUGGUUAGAAUUGGCAGUGUCCUGUUGUACUUCUCUUUGGAUAUGUACCUAAUUUUAAUAUUGGAUGGAAUAUUUUUUUUAAAUAUUUGGGAUCAUGCUGGAUGAGAUCUGUAAAAGAGUCCAGCUUCGUAAUAAUUGUUGACACAACAACUGGAAAUCACACUUGGAUGACAGUCCCUCGCCUCUUUCCUCCACCCGCAUCCCUCCAUUUUUAAUUUCUAGUCCAUUGUUAAAAUGUUAAUAUGUACUGGGAGGAAGAACCAAGAAAAUGUAUUCUGCCAUAUUCCUAGGGGAAAGCUAUCAGCUUUGUGUUUAUAAAAGCAAAUGAAACCAUACAGAAGCCUUGCUGACAGGAGUAGAUUUGUCCUGAUGCCAAUUACCCAGAGUUAGCCAUGCAUAAUAGGAUGAUAUAUGCCACUCAACAAAACCUUCCACACUUGAUAGCUUCCAAAAGGCCAAAGUACUGCCAAACUACAAGCCACUGUCAGUUUUGUAUUUAUAGUCUGUGUAAAACGAUCCACAUAAUCCUUUGUUGCAGGGGUUUCCCUCAUACAAAUGAUCCCUGGCAACAUGACCCUGUGGAGAGAGAAAAAAUACCUAGAGGUGCCACUUAAAAUUUCAAUAAUAUAAGAGAACAAAAAAGGUUUCAGGAGGGAAACACAGCUUCUGCAAAAGUCAACCCUUCAAUUGUGUUUGUGUGUGUGUGUGUGAGAGAGAGGGCAUUUGUUGCCAUGGUUUGGGUUAUACCUCAGAAUAAUUGUGUAAUAGUUGCAUACUCCAGAACGAAAAUGGCACUUCUUUGAGGGAAGCCAUACCACCUAGUUUAUAGUCCACUUUCAUGGUUUUUGAACACUUGGAUGGAUCAAAUACUAUGCUCAUGAGAAAUAGCCAUGUUUGGUCUAAUAAUUGGGUCAAGGAAGAUGAUGGUCAAAGCCACUUCAGAACUGGGUAUCCUAUCAGCUAGGAAAAUGGCAUUUUGAUCACACUGCCCCUAAAGGACUGCAGACAUUUUGGAAACCAGUGUGACCAAUGCAAUUUGUGGUACACGGUCAUGGCAAUUUCUCCUGGAAGUUGACCCUGAGGUCAAAAGGAAAUAGUGGGAUGAAGAGGAAUCACUGUGUGAGCUGGCUCUUAGAAAGAUUUUUUAAGCCCUUGAAAUGUCCAUUUGGUUGUUGUUAUAAUUUUAUGAUAGCGUUGUUGUCAUUUUAGUACUUUGCCUUUUCUAAGUAUGGAAAUUGAUAAUUCCUGAGAGUGGAAGGCUAGGAAUAAUAUGUGUGGCCACAUGUAUGUAUUUAUGUUGUGGUUUUUCUUUUCAAGGUCAUGCAAAAAAAAGAGGGUUGAGAUUCGUGCCACAACGCACUGCACCAUAACACUGAUAUGGAGAAAUGGAAACAUUAACCACAGUAGACUAGACCCUCUGUGACAAUGGUAAUUACCUGUCUGUUGACUCAGUAUUUAACAAUUGAUUCAGUGGAUUUACUCUAGCUAAAAUUAACCAUUAGGAAUUAGGGAAAUAUGUUCUGAUAGUUGUUGGCUAUCCUGACAUUGUAGCUGACAAGGACCCAUUCAUUUAUUCCUUCCGAUCUGUGACUGAUGAUUUUAAAAUGAUCCUGAUGAACUAUGAAGAACAAUAAUCAUUGAACAAGCAAUUCUUUUUCUUUGAGUGUGCAUAUAUAGCGUUUGUAACAUUAGCUUUGAGAUAAUCAUUUUGUUAAUUCUCUGUGUGCUCCAGAAAUUAAUUUAUGGUUGCUAUUAGUAGUAAUAAUUUUUGUUUCGUUUAUUGUUCAUGUUGUUAAUUAUUCUUUUUUAAAGAAACCACAGGUAAUCUGAAAAGUGAACUCUCAUUCCAUGCAAAAUUUCUUGGGCUACAAAUCAGAAUGGAUUUCACUUCAAAUGUGAAAAGGCACCUUAUCUCUGUUCUUUCAUCACCGAUUAGAGGGGGGGAAAUAGAAGAAUGUGUCCAAACUUGCCAUUCUCUAUGCCAAAAACUGAGCAAGUGUUGCCCUUAAAGACAUAACCAUGAUGCUAUUCAACCUCCAAUAGGAAUGGCACAACAAGAGGAAUGGUCCUCCUUAAGUUUAAAGCAAACUGUGAAGUAAUUUCUCCUCAUUAUAUAAAAAAACCCACCAUGAAUUAGUACAAGACAUUCAUUGCAUAGAAUUCCCAUGCUUCCUGCCUAGAUAUUGUAUAAUCGAUUACUUUUUUUAAAAGAGAAAGAGAGAUGAGAUUUAAGAUAUUUCUAUCAAAUACAUAUAUUGAGAGUCUAUGAUUGACUUUUAAUUUAAUAUAAUGAACAUAGCAAUCAUGUUGCUUAGGGCUGAGAUGUCAAAGCAGUUGUAAGGAUUGCACAUAUAUUUUUCAUUGAAUUCCAUAGGAGUUUUCCUUAAUCCAGAGGAUUUAGAAUGCAAUACAGUAAAAAUAUAAACUGUGUUAUUUAUAGUUUUGUUUCCAAAUGAAUACAGAGGCAUUUGGGCAAAUUUGUCUUUGUAUUAACAGAAGUCUAACAAUAUUUGCUUUCUUUUCAGAUCAGAAGGCCUAUAAUAUCAGCAUAACAUUACAUUGAUUAUGUAUAUGUAUUUGGAUUGCUGUCGCUACAUACCACCCUAAUUAUAUUCAUGACAUUUUUAAUGGCAGUUACUACCAUUUCACACCCAGACAUUCUGUUAUGCUACUUGCCAUGUAUCUGUAGUUUUAUGUGACAGCAUAAAACUUUGUACAAGAUCACAGGAAAAAUAAAUUUAAUAUAGGAAGU